AUGGGUGGAUCAGUGUUGGAAAAGGAUUUCGAAAUGCAAGACACUUGCGUACUUCCUCCUAAUAACAUGGGCGAGGAUGAGGGACAUAGAAGUCCUCGCAGCUGGAGCCCAUGGAAAAAGCGACUGCUGUUCUUUGCGCUCAUGUCCAGCUCUAUUCUUGCCGAUGGAGGAAUGACCUGGGGAUCGACCCUAAUUGUUGAUCAGGCGAUGGAAUGGGGCAUCAGCGUCGACAAGUCGGCUACCAGCAUGAACUACGGGAUGUUGUUGCAGGGAAUUGGUGGCUUGAUAGCGAUUCCUCUGAUAGAGGCAUUUGGACGCCUUCCGAUUUGGCUGUGGCCGCAGUUUCUCACCACAUUCAUGGUUCUCGGCGCCACCCUCUCUAACAGUUAUGAUACAUUCACCGUGUUUCGAUCUCUUCAAGGACUCUUCGGGACUGUUCCUCAGGUUGUUGGUCUUCCAAUUAUUCACGACAUGUACCAUCCUAAAGAUUGGCCGCAAAUGAUCAACAUCUGGGGAACGACUUUCCUAAUCGGCCCUUUCCUUGGACCCUGCAUUGCUGGAUACAUUGGAGCUGGGAGCAACUGGACAGUCUCAUUUGGCAUCCUAACCCUAUUCUACGGAAUGUCUACUAUCCUGAUCUUUGUAUUCGGACACGAAACAUACUUCGUUAAGGGGCGAGACUGCCAGCGCAAUAGCCGUUUGGCGACCAUCUUCGGCAUAAAGUCGCAUAACCUCCCAGUCCUGCCAACAAUCGGCUACUGGACCAAAUCACUGGUUAUAUACAUCUUCAAGUUUCCCCUGUUGUUGACUGGUAUCUCCACCAUGGUCAACUUCUGCUGGCCCAUCGGGAUCACCGUGACCGUCUCCACAUUCGUCGCACGACCCCCUUACUUGUUCGAUACCGUCAAAUCGGCCUCUUUGCGCUGGGCGCCCAUAAUCGGCGGUCUACUCGGGUACGCCUUCGGCUACUUGUUUAACGAUUGGAUUUACCGCACACGCCAGCACAAAUGGCGUCCAGAGCACCGGCUACACGGCGUUUGGCCUGCAAUCGGCACUAUGGCCUGCGGCCUCUUAACAUAUGGUCUUACCCUGAACUACCAAAGACACUGGGUCGGACUUGCGUUUGGCUGGUUGAUGGUUGUUGCGGGAAUGAUUGCUAGUACUGUGUCAAUAACCGCCUAUGCACUGGAAAAAUACCCCGAACAAUCGACCGUCGUGUCGGCAAUUAUCAACGGAUGGCGCACAGCGAGCGGAUUCUCAGUUGGCUACUUUCAGCCCUCGUGGAUUGCCAGGAACGGCGUUGCUGCUGUCUUUGGGACGCAGGCGGCUGCUGUUGUGGCCGUGUUGGUUUUGACCAUUACGCCGGUCGUUUUGGUUGAGGGGAGGAAGGGUCGGAGGGCUGCUGCUGGUACUGGUGGCUCUCCUGAUGUAGGCACUAGUAAAUGA